AUGGAUGAUCCCAACGACGAAUUAAUCGAAGUAAUUUCUCAAGGGCCAUCGAAGCUAAGACUUGUGGCAAUAUAUGAAGUGGAAGGCUUGUGGAAUACGUUCCUAGCCAGAACUGCCUACAGUGAUCCACCAGUUGUGGAGAAUUACAUCCGUGCUUGGGCCACAGUAUCCGGCAAAUAUCAUCUGCCUGCAGUGAUUCGAGACCUUCUGCGUUCCAUGAAAGUCAAGAGUUCUUCAAAUAGCGAGAAUAAACUGAUUCAGGCUUUAUUUGAAAAUCUGAGGGGGAUGAGGUAUCUUAUUGUGCUUGAUGAUCAAACGGCUUCCGAGUUUUUUGAUUUUGAUAGACUAAUAUUUGAUAUCUUGCCCAACAAAAACAAUGGAAGUCGAAUAAUCGUAACCACGAAAACUAUUGCGUACGUUGAAUUCACCCACAAUUUUAUUAGGGUGGGUUUUAUGUAUGAGGAUCGUGCUUGGAAAUUGCUUCUAGAAGAGAUAUUCAAAGGGGAUCCUUGUCCUAGUCACUUGGUAUUUGCAGGAAAGAUGAUUGCCAGAAGCUGCAGAUGGGUUCCAGAUUGUAUUGGGGUGAUAUCUGUAAUACUCGUUGUUGCCGACCAGACUGAAGUUGCGUGGGAAGAUAUUUCAGAUAACAUCAAGUUUGCUGCUUCUUCUGACUUUGAUAACAGAAAAUCUAGUAUACUAUCCCUUGGUUACACAUACUUGCCUCAUCAUUUGAGGUCGUGUUUCUUAUAUCUGCUUAUGUUUAACGAGUAUGGUGUUGGUUUACAUGUCUCCACACUCAUCAAACUGUGGGUGGCUGAGGGGUUUCUUUAUGAAAGUGAAUGUAAAAGUUUUGAAGAGGCGGGAGAAGAUUAUGUGGAGGAACUUGUCCGAAGAAAUCUAGUGUCGGUAAUAGAAAGGAAGUCCAAUGGCCGAAUCAAGAGUGUCAGAAUGGAUUAUGACAUUCGGGAUUUUUUCCUAAAGCAAGGCCAUGUUGAUAGUUCCAUUCUUCGUAUAGACUGUUUGCCCUUGGAACUGAAUUCGUGCAACCACCGCCAUGUAAGUGCCCGUGUUGAAGGUGAUUUCCUUGAAGGUGUAAAUGGCUCUACUAUUCGAACUAUAAUGUUAUGCACGUCCAAGAGUCAAAGAGAUUUUAGCUUGUCGAUAGGAAACGUUAGACUGCUGAGAAUACUGGAUUUGUCAUAUGUUUACCACUAUGACUUGCAUGAGGAAGUGUUUGAGCUAGUUCAUCUCAGAUACCUUGCUUUCCACUAUGGGUUCAGUAUUUCGGAAGCCAUUUCAAGCCUUGUGAAUCUUCAAACCUUGAUCAUUUAUCCAAGGGAAAGUGGCUUUAUGAUCAUAGGAAGUUUCGCAGAGGAGAUUUGGAGGAUGCCACAGCUAAGACAUCUCCUCUUAUUUUGUUUUGAGUUACCCGCUCCAAAAGGAGCUCUUGAAGAUCUACAAACACUUUCUACAGUAGUAGAUUUUGUAUGUCUAAGAGAGAACCUCAAAAUGAUCCCAAACUUGAAAAAGUUGGCUCUUUUGUAUGCCAAGAGGUGGAGUGAUUAUGAGCUCCACAAUCUAAUAUAUCUGCAGAAACUUGAAAUUCUCAAGAUAGAAAUGGAUUGGUCUUUCGUGGAACAGCAAAAGAUAAUGAGUUGUGUUUUUCCUCCAACAUUGAAGAAGUUGAGUUUGAGUAAUGUGAGACUUGGAUGGGAUGACAUGAAAAGUGUUGGUUUAUUGCCUAAUCUUCAAGUGCUUAAACUAAGAAAGCUGGCUUGCAUUGGUAAGACAUGGGAAACAAGUGAGGGAGGAUUCAGUCAGCUUACCUAUUUGCUGAUCCAGGAGUCCAAUCUGGAGCAUUGGAUAACGGAAGCUACUCACUUCCGACUCAACUCCCUAGUGCUUCGUCGCUGUUGGUAUCUCAACGAGGUUCCCAGUGAUAUCCGAAAAAUUCUAACACUCAAAUAUAUCUACUUGGGAUAUUGA